AUGAAUUAAGUAUUGGAUUCAGAAGGAGAGGAAUCUAUAUUAAAAGCUGGAGAUAUGAUCUAAGGUCGAUUUCGAAUAGGUGAUCUUCUAGGCGAAGGUUCAUUUGGAUCGGUGUUUAAGAUAUAAGAUACUAAAAAUGGGAAUGAAGUAUUGGCAAUAAAAGUAGAAUAAGAAUUUGAAGAAGAAGAGAGUAUGUUAGAAAGAGAAAUAAAGAUAAUGAUGGAAUUAAAGUAUAUGAAUUGAUUCUAAAUAUAUUCUUAAUAGAAAAAAGGCUGGGUUCCCAUAAAUAUUGUACUAUGGAUAAGAAAAUCACUUUGUUUAUUACAUUAUGAAUAUGUUAGGACCCAAUCUAGAAAUUACAAGCAAAAAGUGUGGAGGAUCUUUUUCACUUGUUACAAUGUUGAGAUUAGCAAUUCAGGUAUACUAGUAUUGUACUGUUUAGCGUAGAUGAUUAGCCGAAUUGAAACAUUGCAUUCGAUGCGUCUCAUUCAUAGAGACAUUAAACCAGAUAACUUUGUUUUAGGUUUAGGAUAAUAGUAGAACAUAUUACAUCUUAUUGAUUUUGGAUUAUCUAAGUUUUAUUUGAAUUCUAAAGGAGAACAUAUUAAAUAAGUUCGUAAAAAAGGAUUAAUUGGAACUGCUCGUUAUGCUAGUAUUAAUGCACAUAAUGAACUUGAAUAAAGUAGAAGAGAUGAUCUAGAAAGCAUUGCUUACAUCUUAGUAUAUUUAGCUACUGGUACAUUACCUUGGAUGAAUCUAUAAAUUGAAUAAAAGGAUCUUAAAUAUGCUAAAAUAUUACAUUUAAAAAAAUCUACAUCACCAGAAAUUGUAUGCUCCAAUUUACCAUCAUGCUUUAUUAAAUUUUUAAAUGCGGUCCGUAAAUUAGAAUUUUUAACAACUCCUGAUUAUCCAACUUAUAAAAAAUUAUUUUAAAAUGAAUUAGAAAAACAUUCAGGUUAACCAUAUUAUGAUUGGGAAGUAGUUGGAGAUAACUCAACAAAAAAGAAAAGCAAUACAAUGCAUAUUAUGCCAGUAUUAUUUGAUUAAAAUAAUUAAAGGAAUAAUUGAAAUAAAACAAUAGUCCAAAUAAUUUGCAUAUUAUAAAUAGUAACGGAUCAAAUAAAAAUACAAUGACUUAUGGUUAAGAUUAAAUAAUAGAAGGUGAUAUGGAUAAGAAAUUAAACUUGUAAAUAUCUGGGAAAACAGUGGAGAAUAAAUAAUUUGAAAGGUUUGAAUAGAUUUUGCAAUAGAAUUAGAAAAAAUACUACAAGAUGAACAGUUCAAAGAGGUAAAACUCUGGAAAAACUAAAACGCCUGUGAUAGUAAAUGUUCUUGAACCAGACGUAAAUAAAUAAGUAAAUUAUUUAGAAGUAGAUUCAAUAACAGUAAUAUGAAUAAGUUUAUGAUGAAUUGUAAUAUGUUGCAAAAUCAGCUAAAUACUUAUAACCUCCAUCAACUCCAAAUGUAAGGAAUUCAUCAUCAUCUAUAAUAAACCCAUAUUAUAUUCCAUCUCUAAAUACUUCAUAAGUUAAUAAUUAUGAUUGGAGUGAAGGAGAUGAAAUAAGUAAUGAAGGAACUCCUUUAUGGUGUAUGUAUGAUGAAAAAGAGAGAUAAAAUGUAAUGACUGGAAUAUAACCUAAAAAAAAGAAUUCUAUAAAACACAAUAGUUUUAGUGCUCUACAAUAUCCAAUACAAAAUUAAGUUAGAGGUAGUGAUGAAGAAAUAUUUGAUAUUGAAUGAUCCCUA